UCUAGUUCUAGAAAAGUUUCAGGUGGUCAGGAACAGCGCCACUGUCCUCUGUUUGAGUUAGAAAUAAGAAGCGAGCUGUUAAAUUUCACCUUUCAAAUCUUUGCAACACACAGUUUUGUCACUGGUAAAGCAAACAGGUAGAGGGGAAAGAAAACGGCAUGAUCACGGACAUUGUGCACACUGAACAAUAAGGUUUGUUACAGAUAUGCGACAUGUCAAGAUUCUUGACAAAUGUGCUGCUCUCACAAACAAGAAAUGGUUUCAUGUUCAAUCAAGCGGAAUCCAGAAGUAGUCACACGGCCGUCAUUUAACCCCCCUCGAGAGUUCCCGUGGGCGAUGGAUCCUCUGCUUUAUAGGAGUCAUAUAUAUAGCGAUAGUUCAUUGCAGAGCUGGACAGCUCAGUAAUGCUUCCGAGGGGAUCCAUUUGGAAGCCAAACAAAGAGGCGGGGAGGGGUGUGCACGCUCCAAACGCUCGGCUCGGCGUAUCAUGAUGCAAACGGCACAGGAGAAAGAAGAAAGAGGAGGCGAGAGAAGGAGGAGCGAGGAGGCGAGCAGACCGACUGAGCCUGGUUGGCUCUCAGUCACUCUUCUGUGCGAGGCAAAGCAGCUUCUCUGUCUGUCCUCUCUCUUGCGCUCGCUCUCAUCGACGCUGAACCUCCAGUUUAUCCAGUCUGAGCUGCAAAGAGGCAACCAAGGGGCACAGGAGCGCCUCCUGCUGCCACGCCAUGCUACCCUGGAGGAGGAAUAAGUUUGUUCUGGUGGAGGAUGACAAUAAAAUGAAAGCCAAGAGUCUCGGAACAGGACUGACCUAUCACUCCAUCCUCUCAUCUCUGCUGCGCUCCUGUCCUGACCUGCUGCCCGACUGCCCCUUCGAUUGGGUGGGAAACAUCUUUCAUACCAAACGCCAGAAGGUGGAACUAAACCGAGAGGAGCCCGUGUACACUGUGCGCUAUCUGGGAAGUGUGGUCACCAUCACAGCUAAGGGGGAAGGUUGCACCCAGGAAGCGGUGGCCAAGAUCUGGGCAAAGAGCAGCUACGGGGAGCAGAGCCUGAAAAUGAGGUUGGCCGUGGGACCGCAAGGCAUCCGCAUGAGUGCUGACAAAUCGGGGAAAAAAAGUCCCAUUCAUCUUUACUCCCUGAGCCGGAUCACCUGCUGUACAGCGGACCCGUGUCGGCCCAAGAUCCUGGCCUGGAUCUACAGGCACCAGGUUAAGAACAUGGCCGUCGUCCUUCGUUGUCACGCUGUCUUGGUGAGUAAGGCGGAGAAGGCCCAAGCCAUUGCGCGAAGCCUCUAUCAGCACGCCACCUCUGCCUUCAGUGAGUUUAAGCGUCUCAAGCGCCAGAGUGACUUUCGGCACUGCCAGCAACAGCUGCUGGGGGAGGAGGCGGUGCCCUUGAUGCCCCUGAGGAGGCUGCUGAAUGGGCACUGCCACUAUAGGUCAUCCGCCGACACGCCUGGAAGUGCUACUCGUCUUUGCUCCAUCACGGAGGAGGAGGAAGAGGAGGAGGAUGACGACGACGAUGGAAGCGACAACCAGAAGGCGGGAGCCCAGCAACCCUUGGAGACGGAGCCCAAAAGGAAGCAGAAGGUUUUCACCACAAACGCAGACCCGACGCAGUUGCUCUCCCAGUUGGAUCUCAGGGAUAUUGCGAGACUGGAGCAGUGCCAAAUCAACUUUGUCAGUGAGAACAAUAACAACACAUUCACAUUUAUAACCUCGCUGGUGUGAUUGUGAACAGGGAACAAAUGGAACUCAUUCUUCUGUUCAUUGGACUCCAUCCUUUCUCCCUCUUUAAAAUGCGUUCACCGGCGUCCGUUUAGCGGGCUGGUCUUGCGCGAGGGCACUUUGCAUUCUGCCAGAGGGCUCUGACGCCGGUGCGCCAGAUUGACUGUAGCGAGUCGGGGAUGUUUACAAGAAGAGUUGCUGAUGCACAACCCUUACGAGCACAAUGACAAACGUCGCUCUUAGGCAGCAUGAGAUGACGUAUGGUCAUGUUUUGAUCUUUGCUUUGCUUUUUUUCAAAGCAUGGUGUUUGUAUGUUCGUGUCGUAUUUCUAACCUGACAAUCCUAAAUGAUGUUCCAAAGUUUGUUACUGAUUUACUGAGGAGGGAGGCGAUUGAUUAGGACGCAAGCCAUUGAUGGGACAUCGUAAUUAAUGCCCUUGUCACCGUGGUCAUCAUUUAUGCAUGACGUGUCAAUUGUAACCUUUUGCGUUGAGCUCUUGUCUUUAAUGAUGUGACACCUUCAAAGAGAACACUGUGAUAAACGUGCAAGCAGAAUACGCCGAAAAGUCUCAUUCAUGGUGCUCAGGCAAAUUUCAGUCUGUCAUGAUUGUGCUCUAGCUUGUUUCUUUCCACAUCAGCUCUUACAUAACUUCACAGUUUGGAGAAUUGUUCUGAGCCGCUUUCCUUUUAAUUCCGUUCAUAACCACUGACAUCAUUGUGUUGUAAGAAAUAAAGGUUUAAGAAGAUUUAUUUUCAAAACAUGAGAAAUAAAAAGUUCCCUAUGA